AUGGCCAAGCACAGCUCCGAGGGCGACCUGUGGGUGGCGGUGCAGGGGAAGGUCUACGACGUCACGGCGUGGCUGCCGCGCCACCCGGGCGGCGACCUCCCGCUGCUCAGCCUGGGCGGGCAGGACGUGACGGACGCCUUCGUCGCGUACCACCCGGCCUCCGCGUGGCGGGUCCUCGACCGCCACCGCGUCGCCACGCUCGCCGACUACCGCGUCUCCGAGGUGUCCCGCGACUACCGCCGCCUCGCCGCCGAGCUCGCCCGCGCGGGGCUCUUCGACCGCAAGGGCCACGGCUGCGCCGCCUCGCUCUGCGCCAUGGCCGCGCUGCUCGCCGGCGCCGUCUGGCUCGUGCUCGCCACCGCCAGCGCCGCCGCGCACAUGGCGGCCGCCGUCAUGCUGGGCUUCCUCUGGAUGCAGUCGGGCUUCCUCGGCCACGACUCGGGCCACUACGUCGUCAUUCGGAGCAAGGCGCUCAACCGCGCCGUGCAGCUCGUCGCCGUGCAGCUCCGCGCGGCGGCCAAGAGCGAUGCGCGGCGGCCGGGAUAG